ACGUUUCAAUAGCAACAAAUGGAACGUGACAGCAACGUCGACACAACGUAGAUGUAUUUGCUGGGCUCUGUGUCUCACGUGAAUGAAUGGGAUAUCUCCAUUAUCUGUUUUGAAACUUCCUCCGUAUCUUCUGCCCCAGUAUGCUGCUCAUAUGAGCACACGUUACUGUUCUACACAGGGCAGCUACGAGUGUUUACACUCUCAGAAGAGUGUUUUUCUAGACUUUUCCAGGUAAUGAAUCGAAGUCUCCUCUGAAAAAUAGGAGUGACGAUAGGUAAGCGCACUUUUUGGCGCAACUCUUUUGACCUCCCACUUGUGCUGUGACGCGUUCACAGCAGCGGCUCGUAAUAUAUGAAACGCGCAUUUGGGAAGCGUCAAGUUGUUCUGUCACUUCAGCACGCGCGCGUUAUCUCCUGUCACAUGUGGCGGAGCACAUUAGGAAAAAAGAAAGACAGAAAGGACCAAAGUGGUUUCCUUGAUUACGCUGGACUGGACCGGUAAAACCAAACCACUGGAAUAAAUUAUCAAAGAAUCAACUACAGGACAUGAGCGCCGGUAAGAGGGUGGAAGAUGAGGCGGUGCUGGACAGAGGGGCAUCGUUACUCAAACACAUGUGUGAUGAGGAGGAAGUUGAAGGUCACCACACGAUUUACAUUGGUGUGCAUGUGCCUAAGAGCUACCGACGACGGAGACGCCACCGCCGGCGUACCAGCAACAAGGACAGAAAGGAUAAAGUGACCGAGAAUGCUUCGGACAGGUCGGACAGUGAAAAUUAUGAAGAGGCCAGCAACAGCAUCCUCAGACCUCUCAUCUCACCUGCUGCCGAGCGCAUCCGAUUCAUGCUGGGAGAGGACGAUGAUAGCCCAGCACCUCCACAGCUCUUCACAGAGCUGGAUGAACUGCUGUCUGUUGAUGGCCAGGAGAUGGAGUGGAAGGAAACUGCCAGGUGGAUCAAAUUCGAAGAGAAGGUGGAAAAAGGUGGUGAGCGAUGGAGUAAACCACAUGUGGCCACUCUGUCCCUUCACAGUCUCUUUGAGCUUAGAACUUGUAUAGAAAAGGGCACCAUCAUGCUGGACCUAGAGGCAUCCACUCUGCCAGGGGUCAUUGAAAUAAUCACUGACAGUCAGAUUGAGACUGGACUCUUGAAAGCUGACCUAAAAGAUAAGGUCAUGUACACCUUGCUGAGGAGACAUCGUCACCAGACAAAGAAGUCCAAUCUUCGCUCACUAGCUGACAUCGGCAAGUCAGUCUCCAGUGCAAGUAGGCUGUUUUCCACCCCGGAUAAUGGUAGCCCAACCACCGCACAUCGGGACUUGAAAUCAAGCAGCAUGAAUGAUAUCUCAGACAAGCCAGAGAAAGAUCAGCUAAAGAACAAGUUCAUGAAGAAGCUACCCAGAGAUGCUGAAGCUUCCAAUGUUCUCGUUGGAGAAGUGGACUUCCUAGAUAGUCCGUUUGUGGCCUUCGUGAGGCUGCAGCAGGCUGUUAUGUUGGGGGCGCUGACUGAAGUGCCUGUGCCAACCAGAUUUCUGUUCAUUCUUCUUGGGCCCAAAGGUAAAGCCAAGUCAUAUCAUGAAAUCGGUAGAGCAAUUGCUACCCUGAUGUCUGAUGAGGUCUUCCAUGAAAUUGCGUACAAAGCCAAGGACAGACAAGAUCUCCUCGCUGGCAUUGACGAGUUCUUGGAUGAGGUCAUCGUCCUCCCGCCAGGAGAAUGGGACCCCGCCAUUAGGAUAGAGCCUCCCAAAUCCUUGCCAUCCUCAGAUAAAAGAAAGAACAUGUAUGCUGGAGGGGACAGUACACAGAUGAAUGGAGACACACCUCAUAGCGGACAUGGGGGUGAGGGGCACACAGUAGGUGAUGAGCUGAAAAAGACUGGAAGGUUUUGUGGAGGCCUUGUACUUGAUGUCAAAAGGAAAAUCCCCUUUUUCUUCAGUGAUUUCUACGAUGCACUACACAUCCAGUCUUUGUCUGCCAUUCUUUUCAUCUACCUGGGAACAGUAACCAAUGCCAUCACAUUUGGAGGAUUGCUGGGGGACGCCACAGAAAACAUGCAGGGUGUGCUGGAGAGCUUUCUGGGAACAGCGGUGACUGGAGCUGUCUUCUGUCUCCUGGCUGGACAGCCUUUGAUCAUCCUCAGUAGUACUGGGCCAGUGCUAGUGUUUGAAAGGCUUCUCUUCAACUUCAGCAGGGAUAAUGACUUCGACUACCUAGAAUUCCGUCUUUGGAUUGGCUUGUGGUCAGCCUUCUUCUGCCUAGUCUUGGUGGCCACUGAUGCCAGCUUCCUGGUGCAGUAUUUCACACGCUUUACAGAAGAAGGCUUCUCCUCACUCAUCAGCUUCAUCUUCAUCUACGAUGCUUUCAAGAAGAUGCUGAAAUUGGCUGAUUAUUAUCCAAUCAACUCGGACUACAAAAUCGACCAUGUCACGCAAUUUGACUGCAUGUGUAUGGCGCCCUCUGUUGUUAACACUUCAGAUGUGUUCGUUUAUCCGCUUGAUGAAACAUCAGCCUGGAUUCAAUCCAAUUCCAGCUGGUCCUCCCUAACAAAGACGGAAUGUCUGAAAAUGGGUGGGGAACUAGUGGGCAAUGCCUGCAACUUUGUGCCCGACAUCACCCUCAUUUCCUUCAUCCUUUUCUUUGGCACCUACACCUGCUCCAUGUGCCUGAAGAAAUUCAAGACCAGCCCUUUUUUUCCUACUACUGUGAGGAAGCUCAUAAGUGACUUCGCCAUUAUCCUGGCCAUUUUAAUCUUCUGUGGUGUUGAUGCUCUGGUUGGGGUAGAUACGCCAAAGCUUAUAGUGCCAAGUGAAUUUAAGCCAACAAGUCCAAACCGUGGCUGGUUUGUGCCACCGUUUGGAGGUAACCCCUGGUGGGUGUACCUGGCAGCAGCUCUGCCUGCCCUGCUGGUUACCAUCCUUCUCUUCAUGGAUCAGCAGAUCACCGCUGUCAUUGUCAAUCGCAAGGAGCACAAGCUUAAGAAAGGUGCAGGCUACCAUCUGGACCUGUUCUGGGUAGCUGUCCUGUUAGUAGUGUGCUCUUUUAUGGGUCUGCCCUGGUAUGUAGCUGCAACGGUUAUUUCCAUUGCUCACAUUGACAGCUUGAAGAUGGAAACAGAGACAUCCGCUCCUGGUGAACAGCCCAAAUUUUUGGGUGUCAGGGAACAGAGAGUCACUGGUGUCAUGGUCUUCAUUCUCACUGGUCUGUCUGUCUUCAUGUCUCCUAUCCUCAAGUUCAUACCCAUGCCGGUGCUGUAUGGAGUCUUCCUUUACAUGGGUGUUGCCUCACUCAAUGGAGUUCAGUUUAUGGACCGGCUGAAGCUGUUCCUCAUGCCUGCCAAACACCAGCCAGACCUAAUCUACCUACGGCAUGUGCCACUGAGGAAGGUCCAUCUCUUCACUUUUGUCCAGCUGCUCUGCCUGGCGCUUCUCUGGGUCCUCAAAUCCACUGUGGCAGCCAUCAUCUUCCCUGUCAUGAUCUUGGCUCUUGUUGCUGUGAGGAAGGCAUUGGACUAUGUCUUCUCUCAGCUUGAUCUCAGCUUCCUGGAUGACGUCAUACCCGAGAAGGACAAGAAAAAGAAAGAGGAUGAGAAGAAAAAGAAAAAGAAGAAACAAGGAAGAUUAGACAGUGACUUGGAAGAUUCUGACUAUCCUUUCAAUGAGAAUGUCCCCAGCAUUAAAAUCCCAAUGGACAUGAUGGAGCAGGAGCCUUUUUUAGGAGAUAAGGCCUCCGACAGAGAAAAGUCCCCUUCAUUCCUUGACCGAUAUACAUCAUGCUGAAAAGCGGCACUGCUUUCAGACCAGCCCAAUGUCAAGUUCAGAGAGAGUGCCAUUAAAUGUGCCUCAGAUUCAAAUAGAUAUGGACCCAGAUGACAAUGGCUACUACUGGAGGAAUCGAGGGUCUGAGACGUCCAUAUAACUCCUCCUCGUGCACUCGUUUAGCCAAUUUGCAACAGAUUUUAUUAAACACUUUGACCACAAUACAUUCUUCCAAUUUGCAGAAAGACAUUUGCCAAGGGAUAUUUUUUAAGACUCAUCACAGAUACUUUCUGUGAAGAGUAAAGGAUGGCUUGAAAAAUGCUUGUCUUACACUUACUUAAUCAUUAUGGUUCACAAGUUAUAAUCUCUUAACUACUAUGCAAUUCAUAUCAUUGUUUCACAUGAACUGAGCUGUACAAAAAAUGCUGUAGUUAUUUUUCCACAAUGGGGAAAGGACUGCUCCCUGCAUUAUUCAUACAAUACUCCCUCCAUUAUUUCUAACAAAUUAUUGCAACAUGCCACUGUUUUCCUUCUCCUUAUGGUGCUCUACCUCUUAUUUACAUGGUAGGCGUUAUGUAAAAUACAGACUUAACCUUUUCCAUUUUUUUAUUUGCACAGCACGAGAUUUUAAUGUUGAUUUUUUUUUGUGUGUAUAUCUUAAACAAGCUAUUCAAGAAAUGACCUAUGAGAGAACACCUGUGAAAUAGUAUGUUGUAAUAUUUAGCUGUUGAUUACAAUUUUAAUGAUGUUUAAUGUUAUUGAUCCUGUUGUUUUUCAUAAUUUUACAUUUAAUAUAACUUGGUAUUAAAUCUAAUUUGUAUCCUUUAACAAACAAUAUUUAUGCCUAAUUAUCCAACACAUUUUCUUAAAAGGAUAAUAAUCAUGGAAGCCAUUCAUUUUUAGCUCCACAUGUUAUUUAGCAUUUGCUUCUAUUCCUGGUUAUUGAAACCAUGAAAACAAGACUACAUGUGUACACCUGCAUGUACCCCAGGGUCUGCUUGUCCUGCUAAUCAUUUACCUAAGUGGCUUAAACCUGAAUCGCAAUAAUGUGAGAAGUUCCUUUAGGUCCUAGAUUUUGUCUCAUAUAAUUCAGAUUCUGUGCAUUUAUUUAAGUUAUCGCUAUUUAAGUCUAGUCGUUGAUUGAAUGUCAUAUUGCAAUUUGUAGAAAUGCGCAUCACAAAAUGUCAACAAUGUGAUGAAUGCAUUUGAGUCUGAUUGCUACAGGGAGAAGGAAGCUUCACGCUACAUCUGCUCUCCAGAUGUAGCGUGCUUGUCCUAAACCUGUUAUCCUUGAGCCUUGAUUCUUUAUACCCUAAAGAACCCAAAAUAUCAUGUUGACUCCAACAAAUUUGUCACAAUUAUUUCUUCAUCUCAUAAUUUUACUUCUCUCUUUCAAGAAACAAAUAACAACAAAAAAUCUAUAGAUCUAUUCAGUAUUUUUGAAGUCAACUUUUAACCUUGUAAGUAUAAGAUUACAUUUUAAACUUAUAUUUUUGGGGUUACCUAGUAAAUAUAAUUGUGAAAGCUUGUCUGGAAAAAAAACCUUAAACAUUUAAACAAUGCUAAUGUAGAGUGUGUAACAUACACAUUUUUAAUCAAGUUUUGUGACUUUUUAGAACAAAACAAAGCUGAAAUUAUUUUAGAAUUUAUAUUUUUCAAAGGAAAUGAAUAUUAAAAAUG